AUGGCCAAAUCUCGUGCUCUGCUCGCCGCGCUUGGCGGGCUGGCCAUGGGCGCUGCCGGCGUCCAAGCCAUGACCAUCCCCCGGUCCAGUUCCCACACCAAGAUCCUACGGCAAGUCGAGGACGUCCAGGACGAGUACGACUAUGUCAUCGUGGGAGGAGGCACGGCCGGCUUGACUGUUGCCGACAGGCUCACUGAGAGCGGCGAGUACACCGUUCUCGUCAUCGAGCGAGGACUCUUCGGCAAUGACAGCUCGGUCAACAACGUCUCUGGCGGUUCUCAAGCCUACCAGAACUCGUCCUUGUCCUUCAACUUCCCCUCCGUGCCUCAGGUGAACCUCGGGAACCGGGUCACCGGCGUCGUCGGCGGCGUCAUGCUCGGCGGCUCGUCCGGCGUCAACGGUAUGCAGGUCCACCGACCCCAGAAGGCCGAUAUUGACCGCUGGGGCUCUUACUUCGGGCCCUGCUCGGAAUGGAACUGGGACAACCUCCUCCCGUACUUCCGCAAGUCGUGGCGGCUGCACCCCCCUACACCAGAAAUGGUGGAGCAGUUCAACAUCAAGUACGACACGAGCUACUGGGGCGGAGAGGACGACGGUGGCAUUCACGCGUCUUUCCCUACCUUCCACUGGCCGUUCAUGCGAGCCCAGAUGGAUGCGUUCGCUGACAUUGAGGGCAUCGAGUUCCCCGUCGACUCCGGAGCCGGCGACCCCGGCGCAUUCUGGUACCCUGCUUCGUUCGAGCCCACCCAGGUGCGUCGCUCGUUCGCCAUGAGCGAGUACUGGGCCGGUAAGGGUAACGCGCGCGACAACUACGAGACCAUCCUGGGCCACAGGGUCGUUCGCGUCCUUUUCGAGGACGAGGAGGCCGUGGGCGUCGAGUACGUCGACUCCAACUCCAGGGACACCUCCCAGGCCAGGACCGUCCGCGCUCGCAAGGAAGUCAUCAUCGCCGCCGGUACCAUCUACACCCCGCAGGUCUUGCAAGCUAGCGGCAUCGGCCCCCGGCCUGUCCUCGAGAGGGCCGGCAUUGACGUUUUGGUUGAUCUUCCAGGUGUCGGAGCCAAUUUCCAGGACCACCCACUGGGCGCGCAGGCUUUGUUCUACUUCACAAACUGGAACUUCAGUCCUAACCCGAGCGAUCUGCAGAGUAACGCGACUUUCAGGGCGCUGGCGGAAGCUGAGUUUGCCGCCAACCGCACAGGCCCAUUGAUGAUCGCGUCUGGCAACGCCGCUGCUUUCCUGCCCUUCCCCGUCGUCGCCCCCGAACGAUUUGAGGCCAUCGCGGCUGCAUACGAAGCCCAGGACCCCGCUGCCUACCUCCACGAAGGAGCGGACGAGACAGUCGUGGCAGGCUACCAGGCGCAGAAGUCCCGGCUGGCCGACGCGCUGCGGUCCAUGGACGCGGCCAAUUACAACCUGUUCAUCCGGGGUUCCCAAAUGGAAGGCUCGGUGGUGUACCUGCACCCUCUGUCGCGUGGCACCAUCGAGAUCAACGCGACGGACCCCUACUUCGGGACCCCGGUGGUCGACUACCGCGCGCUCAGCAACCCGGCCGACAUCGACAUCCAAGUCGAGUUUAUUCGGUUUACGCGGCGCUACUUCACCGAGACGAGGCUAGCACAGUACGGCCCCAUCGAGUUCAGCCCUGGCGCACAAGUGACGAGUGACGAAGCCCUCCGCCAGGCGGUCCGUUCCCAGGUCAGCCCGACCACGUUCCACCCUGUCGGCACGGCGGCCAUGAUGCCGCGCGAGCUUGGCGGCGUCGUCGACGAGAACCUCCUGGUCUAUGGCGUUGAGAAGCUCAGUGUCAUCGAUGCCAGUAUCCAGCCUGAACUGCCUGGCGCAUACACUCAGCAGCCGGUUUACGCUGUGGCUGAGAAGGCCGCCGACCUGAUCAAGGAGCGGGCUUGA